AUGGCUACCUCUAUGUUGUUGGCACUUCUCGCCACGAUCCCUCUCGUACCCAUCAUAAGCUUAUGGCUGGUCAAAGUUUUGACACGUGCUAUUGGCUGGUCCCUAGAAUCUCAAGGUCGAGAUAGAAGAGCAGCAAUCGUUGCUAAAAUCGAAAAGGACAGGAAUGCAGUUGCGGAAGGGCAUAACCUCUUCCCGGACGUGGAAGAUGGCUGGGAGAAGAUUGAAAGUACAGGUUCGGCUGAAAAUGGUCAACCACUUCGAGAUAGCUGGAGUGGCAUAGUCGGCUUCUUCCAUCCCUUUUGCAACGCUGGUGGUGGAGGUGAAAGAGUCCUCUGGGCUGCCAUUGCCGCCACACAAAGGAGAUGGCCCAAUGCUAUCUGUGCUGUGUAUACUGGUGAUCAUGAUAUCGAUAGAUCAGUGUUGGUAUCAACGGUCAAGAACAGGUUCAAUAUUACCUUACAAGAACACUCGCUGGUGUUCAUAUAUCUAUCGAGAAGACGUUUUGUCCUCGCCAGCACAUAUCCCUCUUUCACGUUACUUGGCCAAUCGCUCGGAUCCAUGUUUCUUGCUUACGAGGCAUUCCAACUACUCGUGCCCGACAUUUUCAUUGACACAAUGGGUUACGCCUUUGCUGUGGCUUUCUGCAAGUACCUGUUUCCCAAAAUACCCACAGCAGCCUACGUUCAUUACCCGACCAUCUCUACCGAUAUGCUGGAGAGUUUGGACGAUACGACUGGAGGGAAAGGAAUGCAUUCUGGAGCCGGCACGGGAUUGAAAGGUAAGGGCAAAAAGAAUUACUGGCGCAUCUUCGCGCGGUUGUACGGCUGGGUUGGACGACAAAUCGAUGUUGUUGUUUGCAAUUCAACCUGGACUCAGGGCCAUAUCAUGCAGCUAUGGAAACCCAAAAUGGAGUCUUCCUCCUUUGCGACCAUCAUUUACCCUCCUUGUCCUGUGGAGGAACUCCAGGCGAAGAUCAAGGUCACGCCUGAAAGCGAGAAGGCACGAGAUGAAUGCGUACUCUAUAUCGCUCAGUUCCGUCCCGAGAAGAACCAUUCUCUUAUCCUGCGAUCAUUCGCCAAGUACUAUCACAAUAGCAGGUCCAAGGUGAAACCCAAACUGGUUCUGAUUGGGUCCGUACGAGCCAACACACCCGACGAGAAGCACAUUUACAAACUACGACUUGAAGCACGUGAGUUGAAGAUCAACGACGCGACAACUUUCAUCUGUGAUGCACCAUUUCUUGUGAUUCUGGAACACCUGCAGAAAUGUAGCAUCAUCACAAAUGGCAUGUAUUCGGAGCAUUUCGGGAUCGGCAACGUGGAAGGUCUUGCGGCUGGAUUGAUUCCGGUGGUACAUAACAGCGGUGGUCCCAAGAUGGACAUUGUCGUACCGUACGAGGGAGAAAUCAUUGGUUAUCUCGCAGAGACCGACCAAGAGUUUGCCGAAGCAUUUGAAAAAGUCGCUUCACUUGACGCGCAGAAGCGAUAUGCAAUGAGACUUAGAGGACGAGCUAGCACGGAGCGAUUCACCGAAGCGGUAUUUGCGAAGAAAUGGAUUGAGCAGAUGGACAAACUUGUUCAGAUGCAGAGCUCAAGAUGA